AUGCAUACAUUUCAUCGUUUAUUUGUACGAUCAACACGUAGUGCUAAAUAUCGUAAACAAUUAGUUACUCUUAUUACUAUUGUAUCUUUUUUUGGAUUUUUUCUAUAUAUUCGAGAAGAAUAUAAUGCACAAAAGGAAAAUAAUGAAGAAAAUAUAAUUUCAAAAAAUAAUGUGGUGUUACCAGAAGAUAAACAACCAAAUCAAAUCAUGUCAUCGAAGUCAAAAAAUUGUGCUUAUCAAAAUUGUCCAAAACUUCGUGAAGAUGUUAUUAAUGUACAUGUUAUUUGUCAUACACACUUAGAUCCUGGUUGGCUUAAUUCCGUUGACGGAUAUUUUUUUGGUAUUCAACAUAAUCUUAAUCAGCAAAAAGAGGGUCAAGCAUAUCGACAUGUUAUGCCAAGUGUUUUAACAAUAUUCAAUAAUGUAGUGAGUGCUUUACUUGAAAAUGCUCAACGUCGAUUUGUGAUGGUGGAAAUGUCAUUUAUAUGGCGUUGGUGGAAACGUUUAGAUGAAGAUUAUAAAAAAAUAAUACGAAAACUAUUCAAUGAUGGUUAA